CAUAGCAGCUCCCCGAGUCGAAAGUCAGACGCACACUCGCAUCGACGCCCCCAGAACCCUCGCCGCCGCCACCAGCGCCGACUAUGACGUCCGUGCGCAGCGCCGCCGGGGUCGCGCUGCCGCCUAUCCGCCUGGCGGUGGAGCGGGCGCGCCAGGAGGCGCUCCGGCGCGAGCUGGACGGGUGCCAGCUCCUGGCGGGCAUCUGGUGCCACGGCUUCACGGUGGCGCAGCUCCGCAGCAUCCGCGCGUCGCUCCCCUCCACGGCGCGGCUGCUGGUCGCCAAGAACUCCGACCUCGCGGCGGCGGUCGAGGGCACGCGCUGGGAGUCGCUCCGCCCCUGCGCCCGUGGCAUGAACGCCUGGCUCUUCGUGCGCUCCGACGAGAUCCCGCCGGCCCUCCGGCCCUACCGCGACUUCCAGAAGGAGUGGCGCCUCCAGCUCAACGACUUCACCGGCGCCGUCUACGAGGGCCGCCUCUACGGCCCCGACGACUUCGCGCAGCUCGAAGCCAUGCCCACCAGGGUGCAGUCCUACCAGUACCUCCUCGGAUGCCUCCAGAUGCCCGCCGUCUCCGUCCUCGCCGCCCUCCGCGCGCGCCAGGAGGCCAUGACGGAGGCCGAGGAGGCGGCUCCUGCUCCUGCUCCGGAGAAGUGAUCCAGCCGUUGACGCCGAGGUGCAAAUGGGCGGAUGCGGUUUAAUCUGCAGUUGUUUGGCAAUGUGAUCAGCUCAGGAAAACUGAACCACAAAUGUGAUCACCACUCUCUUUUGUGUGAAUGUUGAACUGGCCGACUCGGUCAUCAGACUGUCGAAUAUCGUAAGCACCAUUGUUUCAGUACGACUUGUAUCAGUUAUAUCAUAUCGUUUAGUUUCAUUAA